UAACGCCAUUAACGGUCGGUUUCCAGUUUUGUAUCGAGCUUUCUAUAAGAACGUUGUGUUUCGACUUUAUGGAUUCUGAUUGUUCAGUGUUUGGAUAAUGAGUGCGGCUUGUUAUGGGGGAUUUCGACACCAUCCCCGGUUGGGAUUGUGCAAUUCCAGGAUAAUGUGUUUAUCGGAAUCCGGCGGUGGAGAACGGUGGCAGGUACUGAAAAGAGUGGAUGAGGAGCUGAGCAAAGGAGAUGAAAGAACAGCACUGUCCCUAGUCAAAGACUUGCAAGGCAAACCCGGCGGCCUCAGAUGUUUCGGCGCCGCCCGGCAGAUACCCCAGCGACUAUAUUCGUUGGAGGAGCUGAGAUUGAAUGGAAUAGAAACCGUGUCUCUUUUAUCACCAGUUGAUGCCACACUGGGCUCCAUAGAAAGAAACCUCCAAAUUGCAGCUUUAUCUGGUGGGAUAGCCGCUUGGAAUGUGCUAAACUUAAACCCUCAACAGAUCCUCUUCAUCUCUUUGGGACUUUUGUUUUUAUUGACAUUUGACUCGGUAUCCUUUAAUGGAGGGUUUGGUGCCUUGAUUCUAGAUACCAUUGGUCAUACCCUCAGCGAAAAAUACCACAACAGGGUUAUUCAGCACGAAGCAGGGCAUUUCUUGAUUGCCUACUUGCUAGGAAUCCUUCCUAGGGGGUACACACUUACCAGUUUGGAAGCUUUGAAGAAGGAAGGAUCACUUAAUGUUCAAGCUGGGACAGCAUUUGUGGACUUUGAGUUCCUCGAGGAAGUAAAUAAAGGACAAGUAUCUGCCACGAUGCUGAACAGGUUUUCUUGCAUUGCACUAGCAGGUGUAGCUACAGAGUAUCUGCUAUUCGGAUGUGCAGAGGGAGGACUUACAGAUAUUAACCAGUUGGACUUUCUACUGCAAAGCCUGGGGUUUACACAGAAAAAGGCAGAUUCUCAGGUGAGAUGGGCUGUACUGAACACUAUACUCAUUCUGCGCCGCCACGAGAAUGCCCGAGCAAAGCUUGCCGAGGGAAUGUCUGAGGGAAGAUCUGUGGGCUUUUGCAUUGACAUUAUAGAGAAAAGCAUAAGUGAUGAUGACUUGUAAUUCUGCUUAUACUUUUGCCUUAAAAGAAGAGUAAUCAUUCAUUUAUAUUUUUGCCUCUGUAUUCUCAUAUCAUGUAUCAGAGUUUUCUUCUGCUUGUAUGUAUAAUUUUCUUGCCUAAGCAAUAUGAUGCCAUGUAAUGUGUACAUAUAGUCAUUCUUGCAGGUACUACAUUGAAAUAUAGAUGCACAUUUUAAGCAGACAAUUUUCUUAUUA